AUGCUCACAACAACACUCACCACCGCCCUAGCGGCCGCUUUCCUCCUCCCCUUCUCCUCAGCAUCCCCCAUCGCCACCCGCCAAGAAACCACCACCACAACUCCCCCAUCAAACCCAGACCACCCCCCCUGCGCUAGCACCUCCUUCGGCCACUUCUCCUGGGCCAUGACAUCCUUCGACUACCACGCCUCCUUCAUCUUCACGACGCCGGCGCAUCAAAACUCGUGGGGCUACGUGAACUUCAAUUUGACGAACCCGGCCAUCGGUUCUUCCGUCACAACCGUCUGCAGCGCCUCUAGCAGCCAGCUCUCCGACUUCUUCUACGGGACCGUACAGUACACCUGCACUAAUACACCUGAAGGUGUAAAGAGUAACGACGUGGGCGAGACGACGUUUGACUUUAAUCGGCCGACGGGCGAGUUGAGGUUUAAUCAGAGCUGGACUUGUCGGGAUCAGGAUCCUAGGUAUCCUACCACGUUCACGGGAUAUGCGGCUGUCAACCUCGAGUUGGAGUGCAGCGAGUCAAAGUGGGUGAACCAGAACUGGACCCAGGGACAGAUUUACUCGACGAGGGAUGUGAGGUGUUCGCCUGUUGAUCUGAGUGUUGCUCCGAAGGAGAUGACUGCUGUGGCUUAA